UCUGACAGCAGGGAUCUAUUCGGGAUUCUGGGAGACGCGUAGAAGGCUGGUCAGCGUCCAAUAUGUCGAAAACGCUCUCUUGCGGCCGAGACCUGACGUGUGUUCCUGACCUGAAGCUAGCUGUAGAGGAAGCAGCAAAAGAUGGGUUUGAUUUUGUUCAAGUUCCCCUUUUUCACCCUCUCUUCAAACGAGACCACCCCUCAAUUAUCCAUCGUCAAGGCCCCCCAACUCGCAAUGACACCAUCUUGACAGGCAACGACUGGGCCGUGCUCAUUGUUGCCAAGCUGUCACCAUGGAUACAGCUGGAGAGUGAAGACCCUGCAAUUAGGAGACAAUCGGAAGAUGGGUUCUUCCAGGAGGUAUCUCUGGCCAUUCACCUCGGAGUUCCCGCCAUUCUCAUCUCUCUCUCUUCUCCGUCUUGUGUCAACCUCGCCCGCUGCCUCUAUAGACCUCUACUCACCAGCAUCCAAAUUUAUUGGGUGAAAGUCCCUGUUGUAAGUCCAAGACUUAUUAUGACUGAUGUCGAAGAAGACGAUAAUACAAAACAGUCACACUCGGUAUAUUAUUUGUAACUGAGUAUUAUUAUUAUACACUUCUCUCUGCUGUAGAUUGAGGACCCAUGGGAAUGGUGGAAUACUCUGAGAACUCUCUGUGGAAACAACUCAAAGCUACAUCUUGUACUGGAGGUGGGUUCAGUACUGCCCUCAUAUGCGCAGCAGUUGCGCUGGCUGGGGGAGCCCGUCAAGGCUGUGUCUAUUGCAACUGGAACCUUCACUAAGAACCACAGAGGCUAUCCUGUACUUGCUCAGAAACAUCGAGAGUUCAUUUACAAACUACUGAAGCUGAACGUUCAAGUCAUUCUGACGGGCUACUCUAAAGUAGACUACCCAAUGCAGAACUAUCUGAGUACCUCAACCACCUUCAUAAGACCAAGCCAGAGCGAACGUCACUCGAAACCUAUGCCAAAGGCUUUGAAGAGUACUUGCAGAGCCCUUUACAACCACUGAAAGACAAUCUGGACUCAGCUACUUAUGAAGUAUUUGAGAAGGAUCCGGUCAAGUACAUAUCGUAUGAGAACGCAAUAGCAAAAGCACUGGUGGACAGAAUACCUGAGGAAUCCGUCAGUGACGUCACUU